CCCGGAAGUGGCCGCACGCCGACAAAAUGGUGGCAGUGGUAGCUGCGACUGCGACGUUGGGCGGACUGAGCCGCGUCUUGCUCUUCCUCUCGCAGCUCUACAUCUUAACGGGCGGUGAAAGUACAGAAACGCCAGCUUAUGUGAUGAAGUGUCCAAGCAAUGGUUUGUGUAGCAAGCUUCCUGCUGACUGCAUAGAAUGCAAGACAAAUUACUCUUGUGUGUAUGGAAAGCCUGUCACAUUUGACUGCACAGUCAAACCUCAUGUUACCUGUGUUGAUCAGAACUUCACAAAGCAACAUAAUUUUACAGUCAACAUGACCUGCAGCUUUUGCUGGCAACUUCCAGAAACAGAUUAUGAGUGUUCCAAUGCCACAAACUGUAUGACUGUCUCCUGUCCCCGACAGCGUUAUAGUGCCAAUUGUACAGUUCAUGAUCACAUUCAUUGCUUGGGUAAACGUACCUUUCCCAAAAUGCUGUACUGUAACUGGACUGGAGGUUACAAAUGGUCUACUGCUCUGGCAUUAAGCAUUACCCUUGGUGGAUUUGGAGCAGAUCGUUUCUACCUAGGUCAGUGGCGAGAAGGUUUAGGCAAGCUGUUCAGCUUUGGUGGCCUGGGAAUAUGGACUUUGAUAGACGUUCUGCUAAUUGGAGUUGGCUAUGUUGGACCAGCUGAUGGUUCCUUAUACAUUUAAAAUGGUUGAUGUGCUUCGGAAAGGGAGCAACAUUAGAGAAGUCCUUAAGAAUGUAUAAAUCAGUUUUUUUAAAUUGUGUCAUGUUGUUGCUAUUUGUAUGUUUUAAUGUACAGUAUCUGUACUUUGCUUGCCUUAAUUAAGGUUAAAUAAAUGAAUGUCAUUGAACCAUG